AUGGCCCACCUCACGAAACCGACCACAUACGACAUUAAGGAUUCUAAUAUUGCGUUGUUGGGCUCCGAUCUCGAAAAGCGCGUUCGUGAAGCCGCUGGCGACGAAGAGCCAGCUUGGGCAACCGCGGGGACUUCUGAGGGCCUUCAGAUUUGGCGGAUUGAGAAGUUCAAGGUCGUUGAAUGGCCCAAGAACAAAUUGGGGUCGUUCUAUGAUGGCGACUCCUAUAUUGUCCUCAACACCUACAAGACAACCCCAGAUGCUAAGAGCUUCUCGUUCGACCUCCAUUUCUGGCUGGGCGAGGACACCACUCAAGAUGAAGCUGGCACCGCUGCUUACAAAACUGUCGAGCUCGAUGACCACCUACAUGGCGUACCGGUUCAAUAUCGCGAAGUGCAAGGCUACGAAUCCGAUCGUUUCCUCUCAUACUUCCCUCGCUUUGUCUGUGUGCGUGGAGGCGUUGCCACUGGCUUCCACCACGUUUCUGAGGCUCCACCCUUGAAUCUUCAUAAACUCUACCUCAUCAAGCUCUUCAAAUCAGGCACCCACAACAAUCUUGUUGUGCGCGAAAUAGCUCCGAAAGCAUCAAACAUUGUCGAGGGCGAUGUCUACGUGCUGGACAAGGGUACACAUGUGUGGCAAUUCAAUACUAAGACAAGUGCCGGAAAAGAGAAAUUCAAGGCUGCUGAAUUUUCUCAAAGCCUUGUUGAGCCCCGACAGGGCCAUUGCGAUGUUGAGGUCUUCGACGAAGGAACAUCCGGUGCCUCCAAAUUCCUUGCAGCGUUUGGAGAGGAUGUCCAUGUUGCACCUGCGCCGCCUCUUCCUGGUGUUGCCCCAAGGCCACAUCUAUUCCGCGUCUCCGAUGCCUCUGGGAAAGUUGCCUUCGAGAAUAUCGAGCCUGCGACGAGGCAAUCCCUCUCUUCUGCCGAUGCAUUCCUUCUGGAUUGCUCUUUCAACGGAGCAUCGCCAACUAUUUAUGUCUGGAUAGGCGAACAAGCAUCUCUGGCUGAAACGCGGUUAGCUCCGCAGUACGCUCAACACUACCUGUACAACCGCCAGGCCGAAGGACGAACACAUGGGUUUGCAACGUCGAUUGUGAAGAUGAAGGAGGGUCAUGAAAGCCAGGACUUCUUCCAUGCGUUUGGAGCUUAG